AUGCGCCGAAUAGCAACCCCCGCUAACCACCACCGUCCAGACGCCCCCCUCGGCCUCGUCGGCCUCAUCCUUAUGGGCACGUCCCUCCUCUUCCUCUUCUUCAUCAUCCUCGCCGGUGUCUCCACCUCAACGCCCUUCAACAAGACCUACUUCCUACGCGCCGACACCUCGGGCAUCGACGGCGCCCACGACGUCUCCCAGUGGACCUACUUCUACGUCUGCGGCGAGGGCAACACCGAUUGCGGCAAGGCCACCGCCGCGCUGCCCUUUGGUCACGCCUGGAACAGUAACGCCAAUAACGUGCCCGCCGGCAUCGCCGGCUCCCACUCCGGUACCAACAACAAGUUCUACCUGCUCUCCCGCUUCGGAUGGGUCUUCCUGCUGCUCGCCCUCUUCUUCGGCACCCUCACCUUUUUCAGCAGCUUCCUGGCCUGCUGCGGUCGUCUGGGCUCGGCCAUUGCUACCUUUGUCAGCUUCUUCGCCCUGCUCUGCCACGCCGUUGCCUCGUCUCUCCUCACUGCUACCUAUGCCCUCGCCCAGAAGAAGUUCAAAGCCGACAACCGCAGCGCCAAGCUCGGCACCUAUGGACUCGGCUUCCUCUGGGGCUCCUUUGCCGCCCUGCUCAUCUCUGUCGUCGUCUUCUCUGCCGGUAUUCGCAAGGACCGCAGCAACCCCAGCGCUGGCGGCGGUCGUGGUCGCUUCUGGCGCCGCAAGAGCACUCGCAGCUACGAGGGCCGCCGCGUCAAGGACGAGUACAGCUAA